AUGCAGGACACAUUUGCGUUAGCCAGCGCGGCAGUCGCGGUCUCCCUCAACGCAACGAGAAUUCAACAAGCGCUUCAAAAUGCGGAGUGGGUCGAAGGCGACGUCGCAUCGGAGAUUGAGGAAAUGGAGGUGUACGUCCAGCUUCUGGAGGAAGCCGUCGACAGUCUUUUCGAUCGUGCUGAGCCGAUUCGACCGUCUAUUCUCACAAGCUUGCGCCUUUGCCAAGAGAGGCUUGAAGUGAUGGAGAAAUUACGUGGCUCUGGAUCAGGAAGCCUCCAGGCUUCAAACAUUGUUGGCCACGCGGCGUACUUCAACAAGCGUGUGCAAAUUCUUACGACAGCCAUGGCGAUCGCCGCUCCGCUUCAACAAACCCAAGAUCACCUCGACAAGCCUGCACCGGCAGAUGGCAAGCCGCGAUACGAGAUACCUGAUCACGCUGAGCCAGAGUUGGUCGAUUGUAUGGUUCCGAAGACAUUCCACUUUACCGCAGCCAUCGAGCUCGAGCAGAACACUUUCAGAGUCCCGUGGGCGCAGUUUGAUACGGCAUCGACAUACAACUGGAUAAGCAAGGAGCUGGUAAAGACGCUAGGGCUUUCGGACGAGAUCAAAAAACUUGAGUUAUCCGAGGAACUCAGGAAUACUAAGUACGUUUCAUUCAAUAAAAGUGAAGUGGAGCCUCUAGGCACGAUAAAGCUUUCCUGGUACGCGGCGAAUUUCCCUCCGCCCCAAGUGCCCCUAACGACCGAGUUUUUGGUGGGCAAGGAUAUCGCGGUGCGCCUGGCAAUCGGUUCAGAAUUUAUCCUUGACAAGGAGCUCCUUGUGUACAACUUCAAGUCCCUUGGUGAGGGCAUUAAUGUGCUUCUGUGCAACAAGAAGUCCAAGGUCCAAAUGCCGGAGCCGAAGCAGAAGGAUAGUGACCGAGAGAAAAGAGAACAGAUGAUGGCAGCGGCGCUGGAAAAGAUUAGGCAAGACACGCUGGAAGGCUUGCCUCCGCAAGCCAAGUCGACACCAACUCCACCUUCUUCCCAAACCCCGGGGUCUAAGUCUGGCCCGGACUCGCAGCAACGAGGAGAUACUUCGGCAUGA